GAGAAAUGCCCCGCAGUCUACUCGUCCAGCCAAGCUCAUUGGAGAUUUGUUUCGGAAAGCUUCAACCGCCUGCUUGGUUAUCGUUACCGACCGGCCUAACCUACAUUGGAAUCUUCUGCAGCCGGUGCUCACAAGCUCCUCCUCCUCGUCCUCGUCGUCGCUGGCCAUGGCGGACGACCUGUUCGCCAUCGACCUCUCGGGCGAUGAGUCCCAGAGCGAGGUGGCCAGGGACAAGAGGUCCAAGCAAGACAAGAACCACCAGACCGAGGAGGAGUUUCAGCAACUCAGGUCCGAGUACAGGCCAAAGAUGGAGAAUGGUGAGCUAUGGAAGACUAUAAAACUGCCUCUCGGCCAGGCCGCAGUACCAAAGCUGGAGGCGCAGGACCUACUCCACGCCGCCGAGGAACUCUACUUCUAUAGGCGGUACGCCGAGGCCGCCGACUUUGCGCGCGACGUGCUCGCGGGCGACCCGGGCGGCCUGGACCAGGACACCAAGGCCAUGCUGGCGCUGUACCGGGCGAGGUGUCUGCAGAAGCAGAAGCGGAAGGAGAAGAAGGAGGAGAAUGAGGUGGCGGCGGGGUCGUCGGCAUCUCCAGGGUCCCCCGCGGGGUGAUGGGCGCGCGAGGGGAAGGGGGAUAUGAAAACAAAUCGUGACAACAAAUCUCUCUGUUUUGCGGGAUUAUUCCAUGUACCCCUCUUUCCCCGGCCCCCGCCUGCAAUACCAACCAGAAAAAAAAGGGCUCGGCCAAGCGGCGGGGGAGAUGGAACUGCCGCGGGCUUGCGUGCUUCACCACUAGACACAUGGCCGCCGCCAGAGCAUUGGGCAAAGAGGCACGCGCAAGGCGGCAAGUGGAUAUGGACCAGCACAUAGCACAUCAUGCGCACACGCACCACCAUUGGCAGAGGCAGCAGCCCAGCAGAUGGCCAAAGAGGAGAGAGUCCAAGUUGUAUUCUCUAAUGUCCCUUCAACACUGGAGGGAAGAAAAAGAGAUCUGGUCUAACAAGUCUAUCGUUCUAUCAAGAGAAAAGCAGUGCAGGUGGUGGGGUGUUGUUUUGAUCCCUCGGCUGUGUGGAGAGGAGCCAGAGGCAGGAAACACAGCUCUCUGGA